AGAUUAGAAAAAAUUGAUUAAAUUAGAGAUAAGAUAGUGCAUCUAAUCAAAUUUUAAUUGCGAAAUAAUGAUCGCAGUUUCAAUUCAAAAAAAAAAGAAAAGAUAGAAAGUAACAUUGUAAUAUAAUUUAUUUUCAAUUGUACGGAAAAUUACAGAAAUACAAGAAUUUUAAUUCAAAUUCAAAAUCUAAAAUUAUAAACUGGAAAUGUAAUUGAAGUGAAAUUAUAAAGAGGAAAUUUGGUGAAAACAUUGAAAAAUUCAACAAGAUCAAAAGUUUUUGUGACAAUGAACGGGGAUAUUACUAAAAAUUUGCACUCAUGCUCGCCGGAUUCUAUAGAGGAGCAAAAGUUAUUGCCCUCAUGGAGUCAUCCGCCAAUUAUCGUCCAAUCUCAAAAAAGUCCAAAUCAUUCAUUUCGAAGCAGAAGCCGAUACAGGCCAGGACCGGUGCGUAAGCUCCGUAGAAGAGCAGUUCUAAAAAGCGGCGAGUGCAACGUUCUUCAAUCACGAAUUUCAAGACGAUCCUUACGAUUUCUACAGGACAUUUUCACAACACUUGUCGACACACAGUGGCGUUGGACCCUAUUGUGUUUUACACUUAGCUUCCUACUAUCAUGGUUGGGUUUCGCACUAAUCUGGUGGCUAAUAGCCUUCACCCACGGAGAUUUCGAUCCUCGACACCUUCCCGACUUUCAAUCACAAAACAAUUGGACUCCUUGUGUGACCAAUAUCUUCAGUUUCACCAGCUGCUUCCUAUUUUCCAUCGAAACACAACACACUAUAGGUUACGGAGGCAGAUCCACUACAGAAGAAUGUCCAGAAGCAAUUUUCGUCAUGUGCAUUCAAAGCAUCUCAGGUGUUAUGAUUCAAGCCUUCAUGGUUGGUAUUGUCUUUGCAAAAAUGAGUCGACCCAAGCAAAGAACACAAACUCUUCUCUUCUCAAGGAAUGCUGUUAUCUGUCAACGAGACGGUCUUUUAUGUCUCAUGUUUCGGGUCGGUGAUAUGAGAAAGUCACACAUCAUUGGGGCCACAAUACGGGCUCAAGUUAUUAAAUCUAGAACUACCAAAGAGGGUGAGAUUCUCCCUCAACAUCAACAGGAACUGAAUGUUGGCACCGAUGGUGAAAAUGAGAACAUCUUCUUUAUUUGGCCGAUGACAAUUGUCCACAAGAUUGAUGCGGAUUCACCAUUUUAUCAUUUGUCUGCUGAAGAUAUGCUAUCCGAGCGUUUUGAAGUGGUCGUCAUUCUGGAGGGUACUAUCGAAUCAACAGGCCAAACAACACAAGCUAGGUCCAGUUAUUUGCCACAGGAAAUCCUUUGGGGUCAUAGAUUCGAAUCUCUUGUUAAUUAUUCUAAAGAGAGACAAGGUUAUGAAGUCGACUACUCUUUGUUUAACAAUACAACGCAGGUCGAUACUCCUCUGUGUUCUGGAAGGGAGCUAGCAGAGUUUUAUAGAGUUCAAGAUGAACUUCGCCAUGGAACUGGUUACUUGGUUGAUGAAGAUAUCAUUUUGGAUCCUUACCAUGAUGUUAAUUCACACUGUAAUCACGUGAUGCAUCGUCAAACCGCGAUUAAUGGCCACCACUUGAUGCAUUCCGACAGCAUAAGAAGUGAGACAAGCUUAGAAGACAGUGGAUUGGGUCGCAGUUUUUGUAGGGAUAGUUGUGUAAAUACUAGUCACACAUCUCAUCAUGGUCCAAAAGAAUCAAGUCAUUACAAAAUUGUUGAAAUAGAUCCUGAUGCUAUUCAAGUAAUUGGAGACACGGAGCUUCAACAACUUCCAGAAGCUGUAAACCGGGAAAUUUUGAGGAACAGCAGAGAAAUUGUUUAUGAUGAUGAUCCACGCGAUCAUGAUCAUCGAGAAGUUAAUCACAAAGAAAAUAAUCACAGGGAACUUAAUCAACGUGAAUCGGAACUAAGAGAAGAAGCACUACUUAUUCCAAAACCAGUUUUCGCAAACAAUAUCAAUAAGAAGAACUAUAAAUACCUGCUUCUUGAUGAGGAAAGAAGAUCUUUAAACGGUUCGAAGAGAAACCUGAGUAAUCGAAAUCUUAUACUAUCAGAAGAUGAUAAAAGAUCUUUGAACGGUUCUCGGCGAAAUUUAAAUGGAUCUAAAAAGUAUCUUCUACUAACACUUGAUAAAUCAGAUAGUAAUAAAAAUCUUUAUGUGGGCAGUAGGGAAAAUUUGAUAGUUUCUCGAAGACACACAGGCAGUAAAGAAAUGUUGAAUGGUAUCAAGAAGAACAUAGUAGGAAUCAAGGGAUCAGAAGAGACGCCCGAAUUAAGAACAAGGAGAAGAACGAACGAAAUGAUUAUCGACGGAAAUUCUGAGGUGGAGAAAUUGUUAAGAAAAAGUGCUCGAACUGGAUUACAAGAGGUUGUGGUGCAUCGUUCAGAAAGAAAUUCUCCUUUUCAAGAAAAUAUAACUCUUAAUUCGAGAUUAGAGUCUAAAUCCCGAGAGGAAGUUUCGUCUCGAGAUUCUGAUCUUUUAAAUGAAGGAUUUCCUUUAGAGAAUAAUAAAUCUGACAAGUUAUCGGGCAACAGUGUUGUUAUACGUAAUAGAAGGAGUUACGAGCAUGCCCAACUACAGGACGUUAAUAAUAAGAUAGCUAGGCCUAAUAGUGGUAGCAGCUCCUCAGAUAGUGACAGUACAACUAGAACUGCUAGUUCCCUAGGUCUUUCUGGGAUACCAAAUCCUCCUAUAAGAAAGCCAGUCCCUUUUACCAGUGUCUGAUAAACGAUCUUCCUAAUAGUAGAUAAGUAAUUUAUAUAGUCAAUGAUGUACUUGACUUAUACGACAAUUUUAUACACAACACCGCAAGUGCCAAGUAUGUCACUAUAUAGAUAUAAUCAAAUAUCACUAUCUACCAGAUGUUAGAUAGAGAACUCUGUGAUUUGUUAUAAUAAUUCUAAUUAGCAGCUCUAGAUUGUCUUUUUAACAGUAACGAACGGUCAGAGAAUGUUUUAUUACGAAAAAAUAAAAAACAAUUAGUCAUAUAGAUUUAGAAUUAUAAAAUUUUUUUAGAAAUUUAAAAACUUCAGUAGAAUGAAAGGGAAAGUUAAAAAAAAUUUGUUUAUAAUUCGGAUCUUUUUGUUUUCCGGUUCAACUCCCACAUUCUUCAAUACAGUAAUCAUUUUAACGAACUAUAUAUAAUUUCGCUUACCACAAGAUAGUUCAAUAUUCUUUGAUAUUUAUAGAUUUUUCUUUCAAAAAGAGGAUUUUUUUU